CACGACGAUACUGUACUCGCCGAUGGUGAAGGAGGGAAAAGGCUAAAUCGUUGACAAUCCCAUGUCCAAGAUCGUGUACGAACGUGAACAGCUCGGCAGGGGUGAUCCCAGCAACCCUAACCACCACCGUCAAUACCAAUCUUGGAAUGCUCUCAUAGCAUCACCCGGCAUGUUCACUGUUGAUUUCUCCUUCCCGGACUCUUCCCUGCAGCGAAACCAUGACAGCGCGGUUGGAGAAGCUGUUAUAACCGUGCCGGCUCCUCUACGCGGCGGUGGGGACUUAAUUCAAUUACCAACUACUCUAAGGCCUAUACUACUACAUUAUCGACCUAAUCUGUUGCCAUCUGGCAGACGUAAAUAGCGGUGCGAUGUGCUCGUUGCACGACUGCAAUUUUGAGCAGCAUCCAAAGAUUUCAUGUCACAAUUUUUCCCCAUCACAAGCUAUACGACCCAAUCGAAACAGCAAUGAGUUCUUCCGCGAUUGAAUGGGAUCCCCCUGCCGCUUCCGGUCAAUUUGCGGAUUCUCCGGUCUUGCAAUUAUUUGUCAUUGCUGAUUUUCCCACAAUGACGGGUUCGAGCGAUGUCUUUGCACCUCCGUCUGAUAAACAAACGAACCACUGGUAUUCUUUCUUCGCGACAGCCGACGACUCUUCGAUCCAAGUUGAUCCAAGCCUAGGGAAUGGCAACCGACUGAGUCUAACGUUGGCCCCUAAGCGUAACCUUUCCACGGAGCACAGCGCGCGAUGCUUCGAAUUCCGACCAAAUGGCUUGACCACGAAAAAAUUCCUAGAGUGCAUCAUCGAGGCGGGAUAUGAUCGAUACAAAUUCGUAGCUUCGGGACAGGGCUGCAGAUAUUGGGUAGCGCACGUUCUCAAACUUCUGGAACAGAAAGGAUACUUGAACAGUGUCGAUGUCGCAGUCGAUGCUACAAAUGUGGUAUGGGACAGCAAUGGCAAUCCAGUCCCUCAGAAUGCACAGAGUUCCACAGAGAAGGGGUCGUUUCUUCGUUGAGCUUAAACAUACCCCCCAAAGCACUGCGUGAUCACAGACACUUCGGUGAUACUGGACAAGCAUUACCACCAUGGAAGACUUCAAUCAAGCCGCGGCUGAAUCGCCAUCAUUUUCGUCGUUGCUGUAUUAUUCGUAGGGUCGUUAAGUUGACGCUUCUGCGCAGAAACACGUUUCGCUCCAUGCCCUCCAUGUCAAAACUCAUCUGAGUCUCAGAGGCGCCACGUGAAACACGAAUGGCAAUGAACGCUCAGCGUUUGCCGAAUUCGCAAUAAAGGCUGAAGAUAUAAUCCCCGGAGAAUCAGAGCAGCGUGAAUAAACCCCCGAAUGAUCACAGACUGCAUUCGAUUAUUCGCAGGUGACACUGGAGUAAUAACCAAAGGAGUUUAGACUUGAGUACCUAAGCAUCGUAGCUUUGGAGGGCGUACACGAUCGCUCCGUCGUCAUGAGUGUGGCCAUCGUGUAUUCGAGCGAAGAUCGUC